AUUCCACAAUUCAUGUAUGAAUGACAACCAGUAGGCUACGGCGAAAGCAGAAAUUCCUAUUUCAAGUGUGACCCACAUAAUGACGAAGGAUGGAAGUGGUUGGGCUUAUUUGAACAUACAUUUUUAGAGUGCGCUACUACCAGUGCCUGUUUUACUGCGAAAACACACUGCUAAACCAGCGAGAAGAGAGGAAGGAGGGAGUGUCUAUUUCUCGGGUGGAUUAUUGCACUGAAGCUUCUCUCUCCAUCUCUCAGCCUUCCCAGCAAAGACGCAGACGGAGAGAAUAUCUGGGAGAAAUCGGACAGCGUGAGGAUAGAAAAGUCACUGGAUCUCCUGACAACACCACUUUCGUAGCUCUUCCCCAAGACACGGCUCUAUACCCCGGGGUGCUAACCCUGUCCAUCUCCCUCUGGUUCCCUGGACCCACUUCACCCUCACCUCUCCCCCAGCAACCCGUCCCUUCCCUGGGUUGAGAUAGAGAUGUCUGUGCCCUCGGCCCAUGAGUUUCACUGGCAGAGCCUGGCACGGCUGCCCAGCGGGCGUGUCUACCACUCCCUGGCGGAGGUGGGGGGGCAGAUGUACAUGCUGGGGGGCUGUGAUGCUGCAGGGAGGCCCUCCCCAGCCUUAGAACUCUACUCUCCAGAGGGGGACCGGUGGCUGAGCCUUCCCCCCAUGCCCACCCCUCGGGCAGGUACGGCCGUGGCGGUGCUGGGCAAGCAGAUCCUGGUGGUGGGCGGUGUAGGGGAUGACCAGCGCCCCCUGAAGGUGGUGGAGGUGUACAACACAGAGGAGGGGAGGUGGAGGAAGAGGAGCGCCCUCAGAGAAGCACUGAUGGGGGUGGCCAUCAUUGUGAAAGAUGGACGUGCGUUGGCUGUAGGGGGUAUGGGUGCAGACCUGCUCCCCCGUAGUAUACUGCAGCAGUAUGACAUGAGGAAGGACGUGUGGGCACUACUGCCCCCUAUGCCCACACCGCGGUAUGACGCUACCGCACACCUGCUGGGCAACAAGAUCUACGUGGCAGGUGGGCGUCAGUGUAAACGCACGUUGAAGGUCUUCGAGGUAUACGACUCAGAGACACGCUCCUGGACUACACUACCCAACAUGCCGUGUAAACGUUCGUACGGGGGCAUGUUCUGGGACAGUUCGGGGAGGCUGUGUCUGCUGGGGGGGCUGAGGAAGGGAGGAGGCCACCAGAGCUCCAAAUUCACCAAGAACGUCAACAUCUUUGAUACUAACCAGGGGUCAUGGCUGAAGUCAGAGGACACGGUGGCCAUGAAGACUAAGAGGGCUGACUUCGCCUCAGCUUUCCUCAGGGGCAGGAUGGUUGUAGCAGGAGGACUUGGUCACCAACCCUCAGUUCUCGACACGGUGGAAGCCUUCCACCCUCAGAAGAGGAAGUGGGAGAGACUGGUUCCUAUGGCAAUGCCACGAUGCUCCGCCUCCUCCAUCGUCAUCAGGGACCGCCUGCUGGUGGUUGGAGGAGUUAACCAGGUCCCUAGUUCAGCCCAUGAGAUCCUGUACGUAAAAGAGGAGGAGUGUCUGUAGGCUCAAGGACAUGCCCCUUACAUGAUGAUUGACAGCAGGAUGACAGCAAGAAGAUUCCUGGAACAUUCUAUUCAAGACUAGUGGCUCCAGUGCUUUCAGAAUGGCUGUUGGUCUUGGACAAGUGCAAUAUUUUCCAAAGAUCUACAGCGGAAUAGUAAGGAAGGGGAAGUCAUGCCACAAACACAGAACAUUGCUCUCUGCUGGGUUGUCUAUACACACUCAAACAAACAUAGAUUAGAUCCCACACACAGAAUUGAUCCCAAUAAUAAUCAUACUGACUCACAGCAUCCAAAUAUACUCUACACAGACGAGGAGCUGGCUUUCUCUGUAAAUAAGUUAUAUAUACGAGUUUUAGUAAUGAGAAGAUUCCUCUGCACUGUGUGUGUGAUAUCCCUUUAGGGCAAGGCUCUCCAACCCUGUUCCUGGAGAGCUACCGUCCUGUAGGUUCACACCAACCCUGUUCCUGGAGAUCUACCGUCCUGUAGGUUCACACCAACCCUGUUCCUGGAGAUCUCCAGUCUCUCCCACUUCCUCUUCUGAGGACGGUAGCUCUCCAGGAACAGGGUUGGUGUGAACCUACAGGACAGUAGCUCUCCAUGAACAAGGUUGGUGUGAACCUACAGGACGGUAGCUCUCCAGGAACAGGGUUGGAGAAUCCUGCUUUAGAAUUAUCUUAGAAAGCUUAGAAAGGUCUUCAAUAUUUUUUAACUUUUACAUAUAUUGUUGUAGACUUACUGAUUGCCUUGCAUUAAAUGUUUUCGACAGGAAAUAUAGAUGAUAUCUUAACAGUAAGUAAAGGCUAAAGUAAGGUAAAACAGUUUGUUUUGUUACUUAGAGUUCUGUAUAUAUAUGUUGUAUAGGAAAUGUGUGCAGUUUGUCAACAGUUUGCUGUUCAUACUGUAGAUCCAAAUGACCUCAUGUCAGUGUCCACCCAUUUCUAGGGCCUAAAGUACAGUCAACUCCUGACGUACAGUAUGCAGUUGCUUGGACUGGCAUGAAUACAAGCACUGUUUCCAGCUCCACUUAACUGGAGCAUGCAGAUAUCCUGAGCCGAUCCAAAUCAUGUAUCUGAAAAACUACACUGUACGGAAACAGAGUGCAAUUAUCCAAAGUUGACUGUUCCACACAUUUGAUAGUGUAGCCUUUGUAUUGGCUAUGGCAAUAUGAAUUCUAUUGGUGUGAUAUCAUACGUUCAUAUAUUAGUCAAUGAGUAUAUAGUGUAUAUAUCAAAUGGUGUAUAUUCAGUUGUGUUAUUCAAUCUUAUUUAAGUUUUGUUUGGGAGAAAGAGCUCUUUAACAUCCCAAUAUUAGAAAAUAUGUCAUACUCAUAGCUGCAAUAAUAAUCGUUGGUUCAUAUGUUAGGGUUUGUCAUUAGUGCACUGUGUAUUGGCAAUUGAUUGAUGUGAAAUAUCAUUCAUGAAUAGCUUCAUUCUCAGGAUGUGAUUUAAUAAGCACAAACUAGUAGAUGGAUACAUACAUACAGUCAGUAUGGGUUCAAUGAGAUAUUCUUCUAACUUGUUUAGAAAAUAAAACAACAGAAGUUUAAAAAACAA